GAGUUAUUUAGCUGAACAUAAAGAUCAACAACAAAAUUGCAAUCAAAAAGCUAAACACUGGCCAUUACGGGCCACUAUGUCAUCGCCGGUAACUAUGAGUCCAACAUCCAAUGCUUCUUCGUUUAGUAUCGUCGGCAGCGACCAGAAUAUCGGUACCGGCGGUGUCGCUGACCAUCAGCAGCAACAGCAGCAACAGUGGCCGUCAACGGGAAUCUAUCGGCGAAUCAGUGCCACUCGGGAUCUACUGAAUGAAGACAUGGACCAAAUGGUUCGGUUGCGUAACCAUCACAACAUCGACUACAGCGGCAGCGGUAGUACCGGUAGUACCGGCGGUGGACACCACAAGAAGUCGGUAUCUAUGAAGUCUAUAUGGAGAUCGACAUCGACUAACAGCACCGGCAGAGAGAGCACCGGUAGCUUAGGAGGAGUAGGCGGUGGUAGUAGUAGUAGUAGUAGUCGUAGUCGUGGAGACCAUAACCACAGCCAACACCAGCCGACAACAGGUGCCGCCACUCGUCAUACAAGUCGAGCUCAACUGUUGGCCGCAAAGAUGGCUGAAGUGGCAAAUACUGUCGGUUUGGCCGCCGGUAAUACCGGUAGCGGUGGUGCGGCCACCCCAGGAUCAGCUGCUGCAUCGGCAGCAUCGGCAGCAGCAGCAGCCGCUGCCGCAGCCAAUAACUGGCCAAACAAUGUCAACGACUACGAGAUCGGCGAAAUUAUCGGUGUCGGCGCUACCGCUUCGGUACAUUCAGCCUAUUGUAAGCCACGGCGUGAGAGGUGUGCCAUCAAACGGAUCAAUCUGGAGAAGUGGAACACAUCGAUGGAUGAACUGUUGAAAGAGAUUCAGGCUAUGAGUGCCUGCAAUCACGACAAUGUUGUCACUUAUUAUACAUCGUUUGUCGUCAAAGAAGAGCUAUGGCUUGUCAUACGAUUGCUUGGAGGCGGAUCACUUCUCGAUAUUAUUAAACACCGGAUGAAAAGCGAAGACUGUCGUCACGGAGUCUUCGACGAAGCAAUCAUUGCUACCGUACUUAAGGAAGUACUGAAAGGAUUGGAAUAUUUUCAUCUGAACGGCCAAAUUCAUCGGGACAUCAAAGCCGGUAAUAUAUUGCUCGGCGACGACGGAUCCGUUCAAAUUGCCGACUUUGGCGUUAGCUCGUGGUUGGCCACUGGCGGCGAUUUGUCCCGUCAAAAGUCUCGCCAUACGUUUGUGGGUACACCCUGUUGGAUGGCACCCGAAGUUAUGGAACAGGUUACCGGCUACGAUUUCAAGGCGGAUAUCUGGAGUUUCGGUAUAACGGCUAUCGAGUUGGCCACCGGAACCGCUCCCUAUCAUAAAUAUCCGCCGAUGAAGGUACUGAUGUUGACCUUGCAAAACGAUCCGCCGUCGCUGGAAUCGGUCAGCGACGAGAAAGACCAGUACAAGAACUAUGGAAAAUCGAUACGCAAACUGAUUGGCGAUUGUCUGCAAAAAGAUCCGACAAAGAGGCCGACAUCGACUGAACUAUUGAAACAUCAAUUCUUUAGGAAAGCAAAGGACAAGCAUUACAUGAUAAAGACAUUGUUGUCGACUGCGCCGUCAAUUGAAGAACGGGCCAAAAAAGCAAAGACCAGUCGCCGUGGUCAGGGAGCCAGCGGUCGACUACAUCGUACGGAAGCCGGCGACUGGGUUUGGUCUGAUGACGAUCAGGACGGUAGCGGUGGCGGCGGCGGAGACAAACAUCAAGCGUCACCAGAGACUACAACUGCAGGGACUACUACUACUACUACAGACACGACUGCAGUGACCACUGCACCCGUUAUUGAUGCCGAUAAUCGGAUCAAUAGUAACACCAACAACAUUAAUAUCGCUUGCAAUAACAACAACAACAACAGUGUUGUCGUCUCCAAAGAGAACCACCACAUAAGCCACGACCAUCACCACGACCAACACCAUCAUCAACAACAACAACAACAACAAAAACAACAACAAAGUGAUGACAGUAGCAGUGUAUCGGCUGCUCCGGUAACCAAUAAUAUGUCGUCGUCGUCGUCGUCGUCGACCAACGCCGAGUUGGCCGCCAAUCAGACGACAUCGACGACUAAGACGACGACCACAUUAGCCACAAGUGUUGUCUCCAUCAAUAGUCAAGAGCCGGUUGGCAGCGGCAGUGCCGCUACUGGCAGUAGCGGUGAUGUUGUUGUAUCCAACAAUCCCAUCAAUUUAGUCCUCAGAAUACGAAACUCGAAGAAAGAGCUCAACGAUAUUCGCUUCGAGUUUACCAUUGAUAAAGACACACCCGAAGGUAUAGCACAAGAGUUAAUAACUGCCGGUCUGGUCGACGGUAAAGACUUUGUAGUGGUUGCCGGCAAUCUUCAGAAACUCAUUUUGGAGCCGAUGGCCAACAAAUCGAUAGUUUUUGCAUUGAAUCCGAUGACAGAAUCUUCUGAAUUAAGCGAUGAGAAAACGUUGACUGGUUUUGCACAGCUAUCGGUUGCCGAUUAGUUAAUUAAUUAGUUAAUUAAUUUAUUAAUUAACUAAUUAAUAAUUAUA